UUCUUGUCUUACCGUGCGGGCGGAUCCCAUGAAGGAGGCUGCGCCCGUCGUUGCCGUCGGAGAGCAGCGGCCGAAGAGCUACGGCUCCCUGGCCACGGAGGACCGUCUUCAAAUCCUGGAGUACCGCGCGCACUUACGCAGCGGCUUGGAUCGGAAGCGUUCUGCGCAGAUGCUUUUCGUCGGCACGGUUGCGGGGUUCUUGGGCUUUGUCUUCGCCUUCCUGAUCGGCGUCAUCAAGGCGUGCGACAAGGACAAAUACGACCUCAACGGCAAGAAGUUCGCCUCGGGUAUGAGCUACUUUCCAUCUACCGUGAGCGAGAUGGUGCACGAUCCCUCCGAUCCUGGUGGAAAGUGUUUCUUCUGUUUUGAACUCACGGGUGCCAUCAUCCUUUUCAUGUCCUCGUACCCCACGAUGCUCAGGAACGUCUACCUUGGGGAUGAUGUCGAGGUCCCCUACAUAAAGGUCUCAUGGACAACCUUCCGCCAGUUCGUGCCCGCUCCUGGGAUGAUGUUGCUCGCGAUCAUCACUACCAAGCCUGCUGCGCAAGCGCAUUACCUGGAUCAAUUUUGCAUCCAGUUGCACAUGAUAGGCGCGCUGAUGUUAUUCGUCGGUUACUUUGUGGUGGAAGCUUACACGGUGGGUUGGGGGCCUUUCAAAGAGCCAGGUUGCAAGGCCCUUGCCGAGGCAGAGGGGCAGACAAACGAGUUGAGUCUCCGCAAGUGGUGUCUCCAUGGGGUCUUUUUUGGGUGGAUCACGUUCUGUCUGCUGCAAGCGCUCGUCAGGAUCCCAGUGCCGUUCGCCCCCGCAAAUCACUUUGACAUUUGGGGUACACUGUACAAAGACACAGGCAAGAAAUGGUGGAUCAACUAUGGAGUCCAGCUCAUCGAUAGCGCGCACUUUGAUGUGAAGGUCGUGAAAGUAGUGUCAUAUCUCAGCGAGGUAUUCUGCGGUGUCUGCAUGCUUUCCAGCCAUUGGUUGGUCUGGUACUAUUGCGAGGAGAGGAACUACGACCUCGCUGAAGAGCUGCCGAGCCUCCAGAAGCAGCACACCGAAUUCAGCCCCGAGCUGCAAAGCUCUUUGAGCCCAGGUGCCCCUGCGCGCGACGGCUCGGUGCCCCCCGAGCUGGCCGCGGCGCUGAGGGUCGUCCAGGCUGCGGCGGCCAGGGCGAAGGCCAAGGAGCCGACGCUGGACGACGCGCUCCGCAAGGCCGCUGGCGAGUGCAAGGGCCUCCACGGGCGGCACCAGGCCGCGGUGGAACAGGUCCUGCGCUGCCGCUCAGGCCUGAGCACGGCCAGGGCCCGUGAGCGGGAAUUCGCCUUGCUCCUGGCCGAGGCCGAGGCCGCCAAGCAGAAUGCAGCUGCGGCGCCGGGCGCCUCCGCGGCCGCUGCUGGAGCCGCUGCCGGGGCGACGGUCACCGAGGAGUCGGCCGAGCUCUUCCAGCUGCGCUGGGACGACUCCAUCUUCUCUGCUCUUCCAGGAACGCGGCAGCUUGGCCCGCCUCCGCACGAGCUUCUCGCGGCGAAGGACCUCCUCCAGUCCCGCUCGGGGGAGGUCCGCGAGACGCUGGCCGCCGCGCAGCGCCUCGCCGCCACCAGCCGCCAGCGCUUGGCCAAGAAGCGCAAGGGCGGCAACGGAGCCCCUGCAGAGAAGACAGGCGACCCCGUGCUGGCCGCGGCGGCCGCCAAGCUGAGCCAGGCCAAAUUCAAGGCCGCCGAGCAAGCGAAGGAGACGGACCAGCCCGAGUCGGGCGAGGGCAGGGCGGACCUCGACGAGGAGCCCGACGUCGCCUCCAACGCCGUGGCCGACGCCAUCCCCGACUUCGAGGUGGAGCAGUGGGAGCUCGUCGAGGAGCAGGGCCAGCCCGAGACGGCCGAGGGCCCAGGACUUGAGGCUCUCGCGGCAGGGCCUCGGAACGCCAUCCCGUUCGGGCCCCUCCAGAACUUGCGUGGGCUCGACUUCCCCGUCGAGGGUAGUGAUCUCGAGGAGGCUGCGCCCGUCGUUGCCGUCGGAGAGCAGCGGCCGAAGAGCUACGGCUCUCUGGCCACGGAGGACCGUCUUCAAAUCCUGGAGUACCGCGCGCACUUACGCAGCGGUUUGGAUCGGAAGCGUUCUGCGCAGAUGCUUUUCGUUGGCACUGUUGCGGGAUUCUUGGGCUUUGUCUUCGCCUUCCUGAUCGGCGUCAUCAAGGCGUGCGACAAGGACAAAUACGACGUCAACGGCAAGAAGUUUGCCUCGGGUAUGAGCUACUUUCCUUCUACUGUGAGCGAGAUGGUGCACGACCCCUCCGAUCCUGGUGGAAAGUGUUUCUUCUGUUUUGAGCUCACGGGCGCCAUCAUCCUUUUCAUGUCUUCGUACCCCACGAUGCUCCGGAACGUCUAUCUUGGGGAUGAUGUCGAGGGGGCGGCGGAUUUGGAUCAAUUCUGCAUCCAGUUGCACAUGAUAGGCGCGCUGAUGUUAUUCAUCGGCUACUUUGUGGUGGAAGCUUACACGGUGGGUUGGGGGCCUUUCAAAAAGCCAGGUUGUAAGGCCCUUGCCGAGACAGAGGGGCAGACAAACGAGUUGAGUCUCCGCAAGUGGUGUCUCCAUGGGAUCUUUUUUUGGUGGAUCACGUUCUGCCUGCUGCAAGCGCUCGUCGGGAUCCCAGUGCCGUUCGCCCCCGCAAAUCAUUUCGACAUUUGGGGUAAAAUGUACAAACACACAGGCAAGGCAUGGCGGAUCAACAAUGGAGUCCAGCUCAUCGAUAGCGCGGACUUUGAUGUGAAGGUCGUGAAGGUAGUGUCAUAUCUCAGCGAGGUGUUCUGCGGUGUCUGCAUGCUUUCGAGCCAUUGGUUGGUCUGGUAUUAUUGCGAGGAGAGGAACUACGACCUCGCUGAAGAGCUGCCGAGCCUCAAGACACAGCACACUGAAUUGAGCCCCGAACUGCAGAGCUCUUUGAGCCCAGGCGGCCCUCGGACGCCCUCAAUGGCCCGCUCCGCUGCGCCCCUGCUGGUCGCCGCCGUGCUCGGCUUCGCGGCGCUGGCGUCCACCGUCGCCUUCGUGCCCCCCGCGGCGGAGGCCCCAGCGCUCCGCGGCGGCGCCGCCACGGCCGCUGCCGCGGUAUACGGCGGCCUCGCCGCCGCGGCGCCCGAGCCGGCGGCCGCGUGGUCGGAGCAGGAGCUGAACAAGGCCGGGCUGUUCUUCAGCGUCUUUUUCGUCUUCUUCGUGGCGGGCCUCGCCCGCAUGCUGACUGUCGGCAA